CCAUUAUAUAACUCAUAAGAGAGAAUUGAGGUGCAAUUUUCAUUUCAUUUUAGAACAGAACAAUUGGGGUUAAUCCCGACCGUGAAACACUGAAACCUGGGUCUGAAACCUGGGUUUCCUUCCCACAGUUACUCGCCUUGCCACCACUAUCUCCGUAACCGUCGAAGAAGAAACCCUAAACCAAAAUGCAUUCAUUCGGCUACAGAGCUAACGCUUUGCUAACCUUUGCCAUAACCAUUCUGGCCCUUAUGUGUGCCAUGGCCUCUCUAUCUGACACGCUCAGUUCCCCCUCACCCUCUUCCCAAGUCCAGGUAUUGAACAUCAAUUGGUUUCAGAAACAGCCCAAUGGCAACGAUGAGGUCAGCAUGACACUAAAUAUAUCAGCUGAUUUACAGUCUCUUUUCACGUGGAACACAAAACAGGUUUUUGUAUUUUUGGCUGCUGAAUACGAAACUUCAAAGAAUUCUUUGAAUCAGAUAUCAUUAUGGGACGCUAUCAUUCCCUCGAAAGAGCGCGCGAAGUUUUGGAUCCAUACGUCAAAUAAAUACCGCUUUAUUGAUCAGGGAAGCAAUUUGCGCAGUAAAGAGUUUAACUUGACUAUGCACUGGCAUGUUAUGCCGAAAACUGGCAAAAUGUCUGCAAAUAAAAUAGUCAUGCCUGGUUACCGAUUGCCUGAUGAAUAUAUAUAAAGCCUUCUUGUAAUGUUAAUGUUUUUGCUGUAACUUUAGUAGUUUCUAUAUCGGAUAUAAAAGGUUACUUCAAAGAACUUGGAUCAGAGGAAAGAAAUUCUUGUUUUGAUUCUUGGAAAUCAAUAGGGAUUGAAUACUUGAUCAUCACUUCAUCAGAAAUUAGCUUGUGGUUUUCAA